AUAUUUUGUUUGUGGCAAAAGAAAAGAAGGAUAUUUUGUUUAUUAUGGCCAAACAUUUAGCACGCAUUCUGAUAUAUGGCACCCAAUCAGUGGGCAGAGCCUUUGUCAAGGCUAUUCGCCAGGAAAUUGAAGCCUCCGCAGAGGCUGCCCGGUAUCAUCGAGCGGUUAACGGGCGAUCCAUAAAUAAGGACGAUCCGCCCGUUAAAGGAAUGACCCUAGGUGAAGCCCAACAGAUACUGAAUGUGUCAAAUAUCGAGGAUCGCGAUCAAAUUGAACAUAAUUAUACGCAUUUGUUUAAAGUGAAUUGUAAAUUAACCGGUGGCUCGUUUUAUCUGCAAUCAAAAGUAUUUAGGGCCAAAGAGCGUUUAGAUCAAGAGUACAAAAAGAAACUAAACAAGAAAAUUGUCCCCAACAAAGAUGAUCAACUUGAAAUGAAGCAGGAUUCGCAAUAAACUGAUGACAGUUCGAUAGAUAUACAUACAUGUAUAUAUAUAUAUUUAUAUAUAUUGUGAUGUGUUUUUCUCUGCGCGUUUUCUUCUUGUCUUUAGAUAAAUUAUAAACAAGUGUGUUUGCGUAUUGGAAUUAAAUAAAGAUCUAGGUCGCACAAUGUUUUACUUGUAA